GUUUGACGAGUGUGGUUAUAAUUUGUGUGACAUUUAAGUUUUCCGUAGUUGGCCGAUGUGCUUGGAGGUUAUACCUUUAAGUUAAGAGGGAAUAAUUUUAGAAGCAUCCAUUACGCCGAGGCUUAUCUACAUGUCCAAUUGACUAAGCAUUUAAAACUUUUUGACAUAUAUCUAGUACUUUGUACUACGCAACAAACCGCAUAACAUAACUGCCCUGUGAGCAAUAGUUAGCGUCAAUUCGCGCCGCCAUUAACAUUACCAACACCAGAAAAACAAGAAUCGGCGCAGCAACAGGCGGAAAGCUGAUAAUAUUCGAUAUGAAGUAAAUACAGUAAAAAUACAUCGACAUCAACAGCACAAAAAGAAACGAGUAUCGAGAGAACGAGGAACUUCUAAAAACAAGAAGAAUCAAAAUAAAACUACAUAUGUAUAUAGGAACAACUACAAACGAAACAGCGUUCUCACACACAUAGGCCCAUGUGCUAUAUCACGCGUAUUUUUGUGCUGUCAUUGUGUUUUUUUUUGUUGUGUUUUGUUAAACGAUCAAUUGAAAACCAAAUUAAAAAUAAUUAAAUCUUACAAUCGAAAAAGUGGUUCCAUAAUACGUUGUCGAAGUUACACAAAUCUAUAUAUCACUUUUGCCUGGAGGAGCUCUUAGGUAUUCACUUUGUACCUCAGUGAAACAUAGAAGAGCGCGCAUUUUCUAUCGGACAAACUAUAUUUUAUAUCUCGUGUGACUUAAUUAAUUUUAUCCUUCGAAAAUGUCCGCAGCUAUUGUACAGCAGAAGAACGCAAACAUUUCUUCGUCAAUUUACUUUGAGUGCGGCGAAAUUUACAAAACAAACCAGACAAAUGAUCAACAACAGAAUAUUCGUUCAAGUCGAUCAGUUAACAACAUCGGCGAUGUAAUUAUUUCCGAAAUGGAUGAUUCUGUCAAACAAAAUGUUGAACAAAAUGUGAAGCUGGGUCGUCAAAAAGAUCCUGAUCAAUGUCGUCCCCAUACAGCUUUGACCAGAACUAUUUCACAGCCACAGCCUCAGCAUCAACAUGAAGCCAAUGUUGAAACAUAUGUUACAACAAUUUUGGAAAACUUCGGCAAUAUGAAUUUACAUCGCAAGCUGGAGAGAACACAAUCGGAGCCUUUGCCACAACAAAUCAAUACUUCGAGAUACAAAACUGAACUUUGUCGUCCGUUUGAAGAAGCCGGUGAAUGCAAGUAUGGAGAAAAGUGCCAGUUUGCUCAUGGAUAUCAUGAGUUACGAAACCUACAAAGACACCCAAAGUACAAAACUGAAUAUUGUCGCACAUUCCACAGCGUUGGAUUUUGUCCUUAUGGACCAAGAUGUCAUUUUGUUCAUAACGCGGAUGAAGCUAGAGCUUUGCAACAAAUGCAGCAGCAGCAGCAGCAGCAACAACAACAACAACAGCAGCAGCAGCAGCAACAACAGCAACCAAAAUUACAAAAUCAUUCCAGUUUUCAUAACUGCAUUGCUUCCUAUACGUUGUUGAAUAAACAAGGAACUAAUGCAGCUAAUCUCAAUCAUUCGAUUCCUUUAAGCCCUCCUCUGAGCAUGUCCACCGGUUCAGAUCGGGAAUCACCAACUGGAUCACUAUCACUAAGCCCUACUAGUUCUAUGACUAAUUUCACAUUUGGUGAUCAAGUUAGCCCGGUAAAUUCUGCUUUUCCAAAUACAUUUCCUUACAUAAGCACUCCACCCGAAAGCCCAAACGCUCCCAUUUCACCAGUGAAUACACCACCACCUAAUAUUAUAUUAAAUUCGAUACAAAACCAGACUUCGUUAUAUAUAAAGCCUGUCACCAUUCAGGGUAAACAGGUAUUACAAAAGAGUUCAAGCUCGCCCAUUGCUAUAAUCAGGAAUAUUAAUAAAGUUCCAGCCAAAGUUAAUUCUGUUUCUUCACUUAAUAGUGCUGAAGACGCACGUCUGCCAGUUUUUAACAGAUUGAGCUCAGCUGUUGAAAAGUUUCCUAAUAUAGCUUUAUAAUUUGACGAAAUCUCAAUUUUGCAGAAUUUAAAAUCUCAAUUUUGCAUAAUAUUUAAAAUUCUAGUUCUUUGUUAUUUUACAUUUUAAAUUAUGUAUACAACCUAAAUUAUUAAACAAAAAUAUAUAUUUACGAUAAUUUAUAUAUUUUAUAUUAAAUAACUCUUUAUCCAGAAAAUGGGUAUACACUAGAAAGGGGUCUUAGUUCAUAGGAAAGCGUUGGAGAACGAAGAGUAGGCAAAAUAUGCUUUUGCAUUUAUCAAUAUUUAAUAUUUAUUUUAUAUAUCAUUUCAUUUUUGUAUACAGAAUUAUUGUAUAUGCCACUAAAAAACACUUUCAUAUAAAAUUAUUAAUUUAUAACUUGAAACACAAUGGAUAAUGUAAUUAAAUUAGGUGCAGUUAUGAAAAUUGUAAUUGAAUUGAAGUAAAUGUGAGAUAAGAAAUUUAUAUUUUGUAGUAUUAAAAUUUGAAAAUAUAUUUACCCGGAUACUAUAUUAACGUAACUACCUGUAUAACGUAAAUUAUUAUCUACUUUUACCUUUUACACAAUAAUACAAAUAAUGUGUAAAUGAAAUGAGAAAAAUAUUUAUUCCAAUACGUUACGAAAACUCGAAGAUGGUUAACACUGAUGAAAAUUCUCAAAGUGCCUUACAGUUAAUUAAAUAUAUAUACAUAUGUAGAUAUUUUAGUAUUUAUACAAUUUUUAUUUAAUUGGUUAAGAGAUGAUUCGUGAAUUAGUCGUCUUCCUUUUUUACUUUCGUUAAAAAAUGCUUCCAUUUAUUUUUACAUGUGCUUAUACAAAUUUUGAAUAAAAAUACAUCACUUUUUCUUAUUAA